UCCACGAUUAAAGUACACGCAGAAAUAAAUUGAUAAAUAACUCGACUUUAUGUUAAAAACGAAGAAAAUUGCAGUUUUGUCGAUGUGUGUUCUAAUCUCGUAUGAUAAUUUGUUUAAUAUAAAAAUUUGUAAAACACACGAAAAUAAAGAGUGUUUCGAAGCAUUUUUUCAUAAUUUAUCACGUCUUCCCGACAUGUCGGUAACGUUAAUCACGAUUUUUUUAGUUCCAUCAAAUGAUGGCUUUUGCGACGGAAUUUGGCAAUCAUAUCAGGAUCCCCUUAAUUUUAAAUUAAUAAAAUAAGUAUUAUUACUAUUCGCAGCCAGGAGUUAUAUAAAACCAUAUAAAAAUUAUACUAAUCAAUAAACAAGUCAUUUCAAAACUUGUACUCAGUGUAGACAAUAAGUAUCAAAAUUCCAAGAUACAAUUGUUGCUUGCAAAAGUAGACGAAGGAGACUACCUAAAUACAGACUAGAUUUUUAAUUGUUAAAAAAACUAUUUGCUCAUGGUAUAAACGAUUACACAUUGUGGCAUUUAUUCCUGAUUUGCGUCGAGCGAAAUUGCUCUCGCUUUGAAGGCUUAAAGGCUCCUCGAGCCCGUCACCGACGGGAAAUCUCGUCGUCGUCUUCGUCGAAGAAGGCGAGCAGGAAAUUUCGAUCGCCGUUUGACGACGCGAAAGUAACGAACAUGCAAGGGUGGACUACUCGCGCACGAGUGCUGGCGUGCGAUAUGGGCGGCCGCGCACGUUCACGCGCGCGCAUAAGAAUAUAAAAACAAGAAGACCGGAUGACUGCUAACUGUUUGUUAGUCUUGGGUUUUAAAGUCCGCGCGUCUGUCAGUCCAGAGACGUAAUAUUAGUGCUUAGUGUACGCUGCCGCCUCCACUCCCGCUCAUUCACUCUUCCUCUCUCCUUGCCUCCCCCUUUCCCACCCCGUCUCGUUGUGCACCACCAGCGCGCGAUUCUCUCGUCUUCUCUUCGCUCGAUUCUCUCUCUUCUCUCUUGCAUUUCCCCUCGGCUUCUUGCACGCCUCAAACCAUCCUCGUCGUAACGCGAUUAAACUAUCGUGCGUUAAUUGGGGUUAAUGGCCUACCUAUCUUGAUACAAUUAUGCAACCAACGAUUACUUGACGCUUCAGUGAUUUGGUACCCUUCCAUCAUCGCAAUCUGACAUUCUUCAUCCGAGAAGAUUAUCUUUUUUUAUAUUUUUUUAAUAAUUAUUAUCACAUAAUUCUUUAUAAUUUUGGGGACAUGAGUGACAAUUAGUAUUAUGCAUGUUAUUAUAAUUACUAAUAGUAUCAUACUAAUAUUAAUUAAUAUUGUAAGUGAUUUGCGCCAAUUAUGUUGCAAGAUGGCUCAACAUGCAUCGAUCCGCACGUCAGGGCAAAAUUGCUGCGUAAUAAGCCCUGUUGAUCGAUUCGCGUUAGCACCCUUCCCGUAAAAAGCGUCCCGAUAGUUCGACUAGGUGGACGGUUAUAAAUAGUCGAAAUUACUCGGAGGACCGAGCGGAACGAUGGUGUUUUAGCGGGCAUUCUGGAAAAAUAAACGACCGCGGCCACGUAGGGAACAGAUGACUCGCCACGCGGAUGCCAACUCCUCGUCGGAGUGACAGCCGCCGUGGCCGACGAUUGUUUUUCAGUUUACGUUAACGUUUCGCUUUCGUUCCGAUACGGUCGUUGAACGAGCCGCGCGGUCCCCGUCGCCGUUAUUGGCUGCCGGUUAAAUCGGGAGGCUCGGAAGGAGCCUCGUACGGAACUAUUUGAUUUUAUGGGACAUCUCCGGCCGCUCUCAUCGCGCGCGCGCUCGACAGGCGACGACGAGCUUGUUAAAAGGGUAACCGCGACGCUCCGCUCGAGACAAACGCGCCGAGACCGGCGAUUUUUUGCGCUGCAGGACCGAGUGACUUGUCGCAAGGAUGACGGUUGCCGGAGUUGACGGACGGAUGCUGCCGGCGAGAUGUUCGCUGACACAGAUUUCAUCUCGCGAACGACCGACACUUCGCUCCUCGAUCGCGUGUGUCUUAGCAAAGGGGCCACCCCUUCCUCCCUUUCCUGCGCAAUAAAAAUUGUCAGCUGCUCUGGGCGCUGCUCGCGCGGUCUCCGAUAUUUCGAGCGAUUGCUCACGGCGGAAAAGGAAAUAUCCGAGUAGCAGAAAUCGAACGUCGGAGGAGACGAGAGGCAACAAAGUACAACGUGGCUGAGAGCGUGCGACGACGACGAGCAGAGGGCGGACGCUGGUCUUGUUCGGGGGUAACUGGAAUAAGGUAUAAUUUUCCGCGCCAAUUAAGGUCUUUAAGAAUUGCGACCAAUUGAGCAGGAGGGUCAGAGCCUUAGCUUUAGGGGAGAGAUGUACCGCCAUCCCCCUAUAAUUUAUUAUUGAUUAGACCGGAUCGAGAAAAAGAGGUCUUGGUAUGUAGACUUAAGAUUGGCUCGAGAUCGUCUCUAUGUGUGUAACGAGCAAAUGUCGGAUGUCGUUUUUCCAAUUUCCGGACCGAACACCCGAAGCAUGCUAAUGUUAGUACUUGAUACAAUCGAAUUUACUAUGGACGGUUUUUUUUGAUGAAAAAAUAUGAAAUAAGUUUGUUAGUAAAAGACUGUUGUCUUUCCAACUCUCAAUUAAAAUAAAAAGAAUUAAAAUAAAAAAUGAUAAAAACCAUUAUAUUUGCAACUAUUUUCGUGCUCAUGCAAUUUAUGUUCAACAUGUAUCUUUCCGAGAAGAGUACCGAAUGAGAGAGGAUAUCCCGCAACGACAGAGGGGUGAAAGUAUUCUCUCAUCGAUAUCUCGAGCGCGCGAGGUCAUCAUCAGAUCAAGUCAGGCGUAGUUCACGUUCCUGUGGUUCACACUUAAUUAAACCGCCAUAGGAACUCGGGUGCCAGCACGUGGCGGACAAUGCCGCGAGUCUUUAGCGACGAUUGUUAUGUAAAGCACACCCUAUAUAUGCACCGCGCAGUUUCUCUCGUAUCGUAUCGAGACGAGAAGUACGUAGGUACUAUUCCGCUUGUACUAUCUAUGUGCAGAGUGAGAGAAAUAACUUUUUCAAAGCAUUAGCUGCAAUUCAACUGGCGCAACUUCGAUCGAUUAGUGACGCGACCUCUAGAAUUCUAUUACUCUUUACUAUUCGAACGAGAAAGAAUAACGUGAAAAUGCGAUGAGAAAAAAAAUUGAUAUAGAAUAUGGAAGAAAAGAAAUACAUGUAACAAUAUAUUUGAUAAAAAUAUUGCAAGUCUAAAAAAAGAUUUCCAUCGUAUUUCAAGAAGAGACAAGAAUAAACCGAAUCGAGCAAGUUCUGCUGCAAUAUAUUAAUGCACACUUUGUCCAAAUACUUGUGCAACUAAUCUCGAUCAUGAGACACACAUAAAUGACGAAACUGUUGUGAUCAUAGAUGACGAGUGAUCGCAAGAGAACUCAAGCGGUCUUUUUAUCAUCCUCGCUGACGCGGAUGACAAAACGAGAAAAUGCCCAAAGUGGCAGUACGUUUCCGGCGGGGUCGCGACGACUACGACGAUCUAAAAAUCCCCCCGAGAUCCCACUCCGUCGCGGUAUCUUUCCGGGCUCGUGUACUCGUCUGGAUUGGUCAUCGCGGAAAAGCGGCGUCGCGGGAAAACCCGCGGAUUGGUCGUAGGGCGAGGCUUGCGUCGUGACGGAAGCGUCGCACCCGAUCACACGUACGACAUCUGAAAGCUCCACCUCCUCAGAACGCGCGGUACUCGCGCGUGCAAGCUCGCUCCGAAAGCCGGGAUCGAGAGAGGGUGGGCGUCCGUAUCUACGAUGAAAAGCGCGCGCGUUAGGAAAAAAGAGGCAGAUCGUUUCCAUGAUAUCUGGUGAAAGAUCGAUCGAGGAGAGCACCAUCAAAAUCUGACAAUCGUCGAGCUUUAUCCCCCGAUGGACAGAGACAAAAAAGCGCUUCGAGUGAGGGAGUUCAUCUACGUACCGAAGCAGAGAAACUUUGACGUCAUAGAAAGAGAAACAGAAGGAGAGCAAGGGAGAAAGAGAGAGUGAGAGUGAGAGGAGGGAGGAGAGAAGAGAAGGACGAAGAGUCGAGCUCUCUCGAGUGGGGGUUGCUCGGGCAAAAGAGGGAGGAAGGGAGAGCCGCGGGCUGAGUGUGGUAAUUCGAAAAAUAAGUCUCCGCGGGCGACAAGUACACUUGACCGAAGCACACUCGAAUCGGAAGGGUCGAGCACUCGGGAAUAACAAUUAAUAACAUCGUCCGGCUUGCCAGCGAUCUUCUGACUGCCUCGAGGGCCCGCAGGGAUUAUGUGAAUGCGGAAGGCGCAUAACAUUCGUCGGUCGAUCCUCUGCUCCGACGUAUCGGCGGAUGCAGACAGAGCGAGUUGGUUACCCACAACGUCGCGAGUGAUCAGAGAAAGUCCGCUCUUUCAAUUCUCAAGUCCGUAGUCCGACAAAUCCGUAACAGUGAACAAGGACCAAGUUUUAUAAAGGAAAAGGACAAGUGAAUCUACGUGGUGACGAUUCGUAACAUGUGACGUGACGAGCUUUCUCGCGUGCGAACGAUCCGAAGAGAGAAAGAGAAAGAGAGAGAAAUUGUUUUGAUCGCAGCCCUUUCGUCGUGAUCAUACGCGCGGGAUUAUCAUGGAGGACGACAAACGUAGCGAAGCGUCGCCGAAACCUUCUCAACCGACUCCCUUCAGCAUCGCCGACAUCCUGAGCCGGAGAACCCCCUGCAUGGACACCAGGAGAUGCGACCUGGAGAAGAUCCAGGUGGCCGUCUCCACGCCGACGAGAAGGCACAAUCGGGAAUACGAGCACGUGGAGAACGAGCAGUCGGACGGAAACUACGAUCACGAUCAGAUGAUUCAUUACCCGCGAUUGCCCAGCCCGGAGCUAAGCAUGGCGCACGAGCUGGACAUCUUGAGGAGGAAUCUGGCCCAGGCAAAUCUAUCGAAUUUCGGUGGCGUCCCGCACUUGACCCAGGGAACCUUCAAGCAUCACCUCGAGACUCUGGGAAACCUGACGGCGUACCAGCCAGUUAAGGAACCGAUGGAGACCAGCCACAGGCAACAGGACGAGGCGUUGGACAUGAGCAAGAACAAGUAUCUAGACGAAACGGAGGAUGACACGUACGAAUCGCAAAGCUCAGGACAGAGUUUGCAAAGCAGGAAAAAACGAAGCAGAGCAGCGUUCUCGCACGCGCAGGUCUACGAGCUGGAAAGGAGGUUCGCUGCACAAAAGUACUUGUCGGGGCCGGAGAGAGCCGAUCUAGCACGUGGCCUGAAGUUAACGGAGACGCAAGUGAAGAUCUGGUUUCAGAAUCGACGGUACAAGACCAAACGGCGCCAGCAGCAAGAACUGGGAGCCCUCGUAAACUCUGGUAGCGCCAGACGCGUGGCCGUACGCGUUUUGGUACAUCCGGACGAGCAUUUGAGGGGAUUGCCACUUCGUGGUUCCGGACAACUUCCCGGCCAAAUGUCGAGCCCGCAGAUUCAUCCGGCGAACAAAGCGCUCGGGGGUUUCCCGUAUUACUGUCUGCCAUACCACCCGCUACUGUGCCCGCCCCUGCACACCCAUAUUCAGGUACAAAGCGCGAUCACGCCCGACUUCGAUCCCAGCCAGAUUCCGAAAAUCAAGGAUGAGAAAUAAAGGAUUACUCUCGAGACGUCAAUUGGAAGCUGUCCACGUCGAACGGAAGUUGAAGAAAUAACGAAAUAACGAAAUAUCAUCCUUCGAAAUAAUGAUAUUUCAGAGCGCGUCGCAAAGCGUGAAGGAGGACUUGUCUGGAUAAUUCAUAAAUUUGUCUAAGAAAUUAAUUGAAAGACUUGAGCCAAUGGUACGCUAAGUUGCAUAAUUUGGAUUAAACAUUAUGUUUUGCAUUCUUUUUAGAAUAGAAAAAUAAUAUGCAAAUUUGAUUGGAUACUAGAUGCUGAUGAUUUAUAGUGUUGUUUGAUUAUUCAUCUGUAAAGAUCUCGUGUAACGUAACAUGCUAUUGCCAAGUUUUUCAAUUACAUUUUUAUGUACGCGCACUUCGUGCGUAAAGUUCUUCAUUUCAGCAUUAUAAUGUCAUAAAUAACUAGAUUUGCCGAUUAUUUUGUAGAACUGGUUGAGAUUAUUAUACUGGUCAUCGUACGCGUAUUUAUCGUAAUCCAAUACGGUAUACAGACGAUUGUGUAAAUUAGCCUGUAAAUAAGUGUAUAAAAUGUGGAAUGAGAAACAAGUGUCCAAACUACCGUUCGUCUAAUAUCGACGUUUGGACAAACAAGAUUUUAUCAUGCAGCUUUGAAUGACUGGGUCUUGAAAGUAUGUUGGCUUAAUGCUCUUGUUAACCUCUGCAUGUUUUGCAAGUUUUAAAUUUCGUAUCGCAGAGCGGAAAUGAUGUUACGCGGCCUUACCAUUAUGUUGCAAGAUUGCCAAUCACGUUCUUCACUUUACGAGAUACUGUCCGACGUCGAAAAGCGUUGCGAAACGGAAUUUUUCAGUGACAAUGAGAAAUGUGUUUUCCGAGUUACUGACGGAACGUGUGCAAUGUAAAAAGUACGAAUCAAAUAUUUAACGCUAAUUUUAGCGCUAAUAAAAUUUGUUUUGCAUCGUGUAUCACGAGUGUACCAUGUUCAAACUCAAUUUAUCGUUUAAGUACACCGAAAUGAUCGCGAAAGUGUCUUUAAAUAUAUGUAUAUCGUCCGUAAUCUGU